ACCUGGUAAAUAAAUAGACAGACGACUAUUUUAAUGUCAUUUUCUCUGUGAUUAGGUUCAGUUCAGUGAACCGUCUUGACCAGUAUUAUUAAGUUUAAUUUGUCGUGUAGUCUAUUUCUUCCACAAGACAUGUCUGGCGGUGAGGCUCAAAGAGAACCUCUCAUAGCUGUCAUAGAUGAAGGGACCAAAACCAUCAGAUUUGUGGUGUUCUCCUCACAGACCAAGAAGGAGCUGGUGUCGCACAAGCUAGAUGUGGUACAGAAGUGUCCUCAGGAAGGUUGGGCCGAGGAGGAUCCUCAGGAGAUACUAUCGGCUAUACAGCAAUGUAUAGAGCAUGUGACGGAUGUCAUGCCUAGCAUGGGGCUGCGGGUGAGCGACAUAGCGGCCCUCGGCAUCACCAAUCAGCGAGAGACCACGGUCGUCUGGGACAGCGAGACUGGCGAGCCGCUUUACAACGCUAUCUUGUGGUCAGACAUCAGGACUGCUGUGACUGUUGACCACAUCCUAGCCAAGCUGCAGGACAACAACAAGAACUACUUUGUGCCGUCGUGUGGUCUGCCCGUGUCUCCGUACUUCAGUGCUGUCAAGUUGCGAUGGCUGAUAGACACUAUUCCUGCUGUUCGCAAGGCCAUUAGCGAAGGACGCUGCCUCUUUGGAACAAUAGACACUUGGAUCACUUGGAACCUAACUAGAAACAAUGGCGAAGCGCUUCACAUCACUGAUGUUACCAAUGCUUCAAGGACAAUGUUGAUGAAUCUGGACACACUUGACUGGGAUCCAUUGACUUGCAAACUUUUAAACAUUCCAAUGGAAAUCCUCCCGAAGAUUUGUAGUUCUUCCGAAAUAUAUGGAAAAAUUGCCUUAGGACCGUUAAAAGGCAUUCCUAUUGCUGGGAUUCUGGGUAACCAGCACUCAGCGCUGGUUGGUCAACGCUGUUUACAGAUUGGACAAGCAAAGAACACAUACAGAAGUGGCUGCUUUUUACUCUACAACACUGGAAACAAGAAGGUGCACUCGACUCACGGCCUGCUGACAACAGUCUCCUACCAGCUGGGGCCGGACAGCCCUGCCACAUAUGCACUGGAAGGGUCUGUAGCAGUCGCAGGUACAGCGCUCCGCUUCCUCCGAGACAAUCUGAACCUCAUGAAGGACGUGUCCGAGUCAGAGGCUCUAGCGAAGGAGGUGCUGUCUGCAGGGGACGUCUACUUCGUACCUGCCUUCUCCGGCCUGUACGCUCCAUACUGGAGGAAAGACGCUAGAGGUAUAAUCUGCGGUCUGACCCAGUUCACCACCAAGAAUCACAUCAUCAGAGCUGCACUGGAGGCCAUCUGUUUCCAGACCAGGGACAUCUUGGAGGCCAUGCACAAGGACUGUGGGGUACCACUCACCAAGCUACAGGCUGAUGGCAAACUCACUUGCAACAGGCUGCUGAUGCAACUGCAGGCUGACAUUUGUGGCAUUCCUGUCGUACUGUCGAGUGCUGAUGAUGUUACAUCACUCGGUGUUGCACUGAUGGCCGGUCACGCCAAGGGCAUCGAACUGUGGGAUCUCACCAAGGAAGAGGACAGUCCUGACUACAUCGGUGAUACGUUCCUACCUGCGGCAUCCACUCCAGAACGCAACCUGAGAUACACCAAGUGGAAGAUGGCUGUUCAAAGAAGUCUUGGGUGGGCAGCGACCAAGAAAUCAGAAGCUAUGACAGAUGAGCGCUUCAGACUGCUUGCCUCCAUACCUCCGGCCAUGUUCCUGCUUGCGUCUUUCUCCAUGUUGGCUCUCUCACAUCUUGUUCCUUCAUGAUAGCUUGCACGUUACACAAUACAACUGAUCAGCUGAUUCCAGAAGUGCAAUAAUACCGGUUUAGUACUUAAUUCAAAUCAUAUCCAUUAAGGUACAUUUACAAUUAAACAAACUCCCCUUUGGUACUAGGUAAACAGCUUUAAGAUAUUUUCCAAGGUUGGUUUUGGAAAACAUAAUGUUAGAAAUGCCAAAAAUGAAAAGGUUUAUGUUAUUUGUUACUGUUGUAGAUAUCUUAGGUUAAUAAACUGUAACCUAUAAAAAGGAUUUUAGAUACUGCUUGGCACCAACCAAUUUUUUGGCACCAUUUUUGUUUUGGGUGAAUAAAAAAAUGAGCAAAUAUGUUUUGGCUAAGAAAGCUCUCCAAUUCAAAGACAGUUCUCACCUGAGAAACAGAAAUCCUUUAAUGGUUUUUAGACAGAAAACCCUACAAGAACUAUUUUAGUGAUUGGAGUGGAGAACUUAUGUUGUAGAAGUUUGGGUGCAAAGUCCAUAAUAUGAAUCAUCGAUGAUGACAAAUACCUAUGUAAUAAAGCUAUUACACAAUGGUUCAGAGUUUACUAUAGAUCCACCAAUCACAAAUAAAAAAGAUAAAGGAAAAUCUGUCCGUGCAUUGGAGAUCACUUUCAUGAAUACCCUUGAAUCAAUGCUUUUGUUACAACAUUUUUCCUAUAUGAUCAAUCUAUGUACUUAUUUUGUAAUGAAGUUUGUGCAAUAUGAUUUAACAUUAUUUCAAUUCAAGAGGUAAUAUUUAUUUAGUAAUAUUAGCAAUUAGUAUCAUACUAAUUAUAGUCAAAAUAUGUAAGAAUCAGGGUAAAAUAGGUUAUAGUGAUUUAGUUGUAGUAAUGUGUACAACAAUGGUGAAGGGCUUAAAACCCCUUAAACGCUUUAACCGUUAACUCAAUUUGUGAUUUUCAGCUAUGACUCAAAAAAGUAAAGUUUUUCCUUAAAUAAAUAAUGGACUGUAUUUAAUUUUUUAUAAAUACAUAUUUCUAUGAAAUUACAAACAAGAAUCAAUAUACUGUAACUUCAAAGUAUUGGAUUCAUGUUUACAGAUUAAUUGCCAGUUAGAUUACAUGAUAAACAAUAUGAAAAACAUGAAUUACAUGAAAAACAAUAGGGACUUCAAUUAUCAAUUCUUGAAUGAUUUACUUUGCUAUAAAAGUUCAAGAAACUGUUUCCAUUUAUAAAUCAGAACAGUAUUAUUUGUAGGUAUACUCAACCCUUUAUAAACAGUCUGUUGCAUUUAUAGAGCUCAAAACUUUGAUACAGUAUUAUUUGUUCUUUUCACAAAACGUUUGUAUAUAUUGAGAUGUACAACUGAAUUGUUCAUUUUUAUAUCUGUGACGGCAACCGUUAAAAUAAAUGUUGUUAUUUUUAUUGUUACAAA